CGCUAGGGUGUAUUCCUUCACCAUCACUGAACUGAUCGUCGGGGUAUGAGUUGUGUUGUUCUGAUGGGAUGAGAUCAAUUGAUCACCGUAUUCUACAUAUUCCUCAUCAGCGAGUCCAUGUUUGUGUCUUUUUUGGCUCAAAAUUCGAACUAAGACAUUUGGGCAAAACGAUAUAAAGCUCUGGUUUCUACGAAUAUAAGUGUACAAAAAUAUCCCAACGCCUCUACAUAGAACUAUGAAUAAUUUUGCAUAUCACUCAAAUAAAGACAUUGACACUGAUAGUUUUCAAAGUAUCAAAUAUACCAAAGUAUAUUUGCUUUAUAGAUCUUUCCUACGAUUACGUUAUGGUAAAUGCUCCUUGUGGCAGGAGAAUCCAGAACCCAAUACCAUGCUUACGAAGUUGUUGUGACAUUGGAGUCACCCUAAGCGUUGAAAAAUUCGGUCACUACAGAGUAAAUCCCAAUAGCAGAAUAGCCAAACCAGUGAAAAAAUUCAAAUGGGUGAACAAAAACGGAAUGAUAGUUGAAGCAAUCAACUAUGGGGCAACGAUAAUUUCCAUUAUUGUUCCGGAUAGAAAUGGGAAAUUCAAAGAUGUUGUGAUAGGCUCUGAUGUUAUGGAAGAUUAUUUGAGUUUCUCAAAUCCGUAUUAUGGAGCUACUAUUGGAAGAGCGUGCAACAGGAUUGGGCAUGGAAUCAUGUUUAUAGAUGGGAAAAACUACGAAUUAUCGAAAAACUGCCCACCACAUACACUACAUGGAGGUUUUAGAGGUUUUGAUAAGAUUUUAUGGAGCGCUUGCCGAGAAGACAAGAAAAUAACUAUGAGUUAUCAUUCCAAAGAUGGCGAAGAAGGAUUUCCAGGGGAUUUGAAUGUUAACAUUGUUAUGUAUUUAACAGACGGUAACGAAUUCGUCAUUGAAUAUCGAGCAUUCACAACUAAACCCACAUAUGUGAACCUUACGAACCACACUUAUUUCAACUUAGCUGGACAUGUCGCAGGGGCAGAUGAGCUUUAUCAUCAUAAAGUUUGCAUAAACGCGGAGCAUGUUACGCAUACGGAUAAACAAAUGAUACCUACAGGAAAGCUUAUACAUGUUGGUGGCACCCCCUUCGAUUUCCGUAUUCCCAAAACGCUGAAAGAAAAAAUUGGAUCAGACAUGACGAAUGGUUUCGACCAGAACUUCUGCGUGACACUUUCUGAAUAUCAAAAAAAUAGUUUUGUGGCUAGAGUGGUUCAUCCUCCUUCAGGAAGGGUACUAGAAGUAUAUUCAAAUCAACCAGGCGUCCAGUUUUAUACAGCUAAUAACUUCCCAGAAAAAACUGGCGAUGCUCUUCAAGAUAGAGAUAAUGGUGUUCUUGGAAAAAGAGAUUGUAGAUAUUUCAAGCAUGCCGGAUUCACGCUGGAAACACAAAAUUACCCCGACGCGGUGAAUCAUCCAGAAUUUCCUCCUGCUGUUUUGUAUCCUGGAAAUAUUUAUAUACAUUCUUUGAGAUAUAUGUUUUCAGUUCAACGUGAUAAAGAUUUCGUACCUUUGAGGACCUCACCACUCAUUUCUAAAACUUAAGAACAGGUUAUUUCACUACUGAAUAAAACAUGCAUCAUUUGUAAUACGAAUUGAGAAAAAAAUAAAAGUUAAAGGUUA